GUGACCAAAUAGAUCCCAAGUGCAAUGUAUCUAUUUACCAACAAACUAUCUCAUCUUGUCUAAUAAUAGCCGGGCUUUGCCAUAUAGAAAUUUUACCCAAAUUUAAAAGCCUGAAUUAUAAAAAAGCAGAAAUUAUAUAAAGCAAAAUUAGAGCCCGAGAGAAAUUGGCGGCAACCAGCAAUUCUCCACUCCAGAAAAAUCCCCAAAUCUAAAUCUAGGGUUCCACCGCCUAACAAUGUUCGGAGCUCAGUCGUCCUCCGCCGCUUUCGGCACCCCCUCCUCCACACCCGCCUUCGGCACUCCCUCAACUCCGGCGUUCAACACUUCGCUCUUUUCCACACCAUUUUCUCAGCCAUCCCAACCCCAGCAGCAGCAGCAAACGCCGUCGAUAUUUCAGACUCCUCAGCCUCAACAACAACAGCAGCAGAGCGCGUUCGGAUUUACGACGCCGUUUAACGCUACCCCACAAACGCAACCAACUCCGUUUAACAAUGCUUCUCCUGCCAUGAAUUUUAUGAAUUCGCAGCUGACUACUCAGAUGGCCCCAGUUGCUCCUCUCCCGUUUUCUCUCGCCGAUCGCGAUAUUCAAACGAUUGUCGAUGCGUAUAAGGAGGAGCCGGGGAACCUUAAGUAUGCAUUUAAGAAUCUGUUAUUUAGUGUGACUGAACCUCAGUACAGGACAAAGCCUGCUGGUGUAUCAGAUAUCAUGUGGGCAGAGGCAUUAGCAAAGCUAGAAGGUAUGGAAAGUUCCCAUAGAGAACGCUUGUGGCCGCAACUUGUACAUGGGUUUAAAGAUCUUUCCCAACGUCUCAAGCUUCAAGAUGAAGUUCGACUCUCAGAUUCUGAGAGAUUGAAGAUGACUCAGAGUUACGUAAAGCAGCUCCAAAGGCAUUUCCAAGCUGACACACUCCCUUGGAUUCAAAAGAUGCAACAAAAAGAGCAAGGCCUUCAAAGGCGCCUUUUGAGGGUAACGAGAAUAAUAGAGGCACUUGAAGGUAGAGGCAGUCGAUUACCUCUGAUGAAAGGAGAAGUAGAAUUAGCAGAGAAAUUAGCUGCAAUCACAAGACAGUUGAAAGGAGGUGCGGAACUUUAUAGACGGGUUCAGAAUCUGCUGACACUAUCUCGCCUGCAAACAGAUGGCCCGACUGGUGGCUCUAUUUAUCUUCCAGGAUCAACCAAAAUUCACCAACAAAGCUUAGCUCAAAUGCAGGAGGUCUUGCAAAGGCAGACGGAGGCCAUCGCUAGACUUGGAAACGUGCUCAAACGUGACGCACGAGACAUGGAAAUUAUAAUGGCUGAAGAUACAGAAAUGAUUGAAGACUAGUAGAAGAAGCCUAUAUCUCUUUCUCGAUCGAUCUUCUCUUUAAUUUCUCAGUGUACCUUUUCAUUAUAACCAAGAAUGCUGAAAUUCAAAUAUUAUAUGUAUUAUGAACAUUAAACGAAAAAAGAAGAAAAAGACUCGAUUUUUAUUGCAACCAGUAAUAUGCAAAAAUAUUAAUUAUUAUUA